CCGCCCCGCUGCAACCAUGGAGAGGGUGCGGGGCGAGCUCAAAGUCAAGGCAACAAAGGCAACACCAGAGGAGCGCGAGCGGCUCGUGACGGACGCGCGCCCCUCCGACGGAGUGGAGCUGGAAGAAUGGUCGUCACCGCGCGGCGGGGCUGGGUCCAGCACCAACAGCCCGAUGGGGUCCCUCACCGACGACGGCCUCGGGGACACCCCGAGGGCAUCGGAGCGCGAACCGACGGACGCGCACGUGUCCAUCCGUGACGCGGACGCGGGUGACGAAGCACGGCGGGACGCGGCAUUGCCGCUGUCGGGGAUAAACGACGACGGGUACUUUGGCGACGCGAGCGGGCAGUGGCUCAACUUGGAGCCAAACGCGAGCAUCACGCUCCACGCGAGCGCGGAUGCGGACCCUUGGUUGGAGGUGAAGGAGUUCGCGCGUGUGUACGGCGCGCCGUUCGUGUCGGGUAUCCUGACGGUGGUGGUGGCCGUCUCUGCGCUGAUAUGGUGGAGUGAGAGCAGGUUGGCGGCGGGGGAGCGAGCGGCUGAAGCCGCCGCGGCGUCAGACUCCGGGCCGGGGCGAAGGCUCCUCGCGGGGGCGUUGGGGGAGGCGAUGUCGCGGGGGGCGGGACCGGGGCUGCGCGCGGCGCGCAAGCUCCUGGUAGUCGGGCGGUGAGCGACCCCAGACCGGGUUGAUAGUAGUAAUAUUAGCAGGCGUUGAAGGUUGAGUCGAAAGUGACUUCUCAUGACG